AUGGAUUGGUGUGGUGAUAAUAAGGUUAACCAAAUAGACUGUCCUGCCCAGACCCCAGCCCUGAACCCUGUUGGGAACCCCUGGGGCAAGUUGGAUUGCCGAUUUAAGGCUUGUUACUCGUUAUCAGAAAUUGGAGCUCAGCAGUAUGACCAGUAUGGGAAAAUUUUUACUGUUAAAUUACAGUAUAAAUUUUACAGGGAAAGAGUCGGUGUUCGACCUGGUCAAAUAUCAAAGGUUGCUCAGGGUCAAGUGACAUCCAUGGGAGAUGUGGCAAAACUAGGUUUACCUCUACAGCAUUCACCUCAAACAUCUCAACUUUUAAAACUUGGGUCUCAGUCAUAUUCUGACAUGAAAUUUUUUAUUCAGGAAGUUGAAGAUGCACUAUUCCGUAUGGUUGUCCAUAGAGAUCGUGUACUAACAUAUAAAACUGAAGAAGUUCAAGUCAUUGCACAAGAUGAAUUCUAUGUAGAGCAGAGUAAAACUGGUCAUAUAGAUAAACAACUCGCCCGUGUCCGUAUUUUCUUUCUGGCAUUUAUAACAGGUAUGCCAUCAGUUGAAGUUGGCUUAAACGAUAUUAACAGACAAGGUAAAGAAGUUGUGGGACGUUAUGAUAUCAUACCUGUUGUUACAGAAGAAUGGAUACGUUUAGAGGACUGUGAAUUUCAUUCUUGUGUUAUUCAAGAUGAAUUUCACAAAAAUCGUGUGAUUAAAUUUCAUCCUCCUGAUGCAUGUUUAUUUGAAUUGUUGCGAUUCCGUAUUCGCCCACCAAAGAAUCGAGAGCUUCCUUUGCAGGUGACUAUUUUGCAUUUUGUGUCUUUGUAA